AUGGAUAAUGCAGAUUGUACAAACUUAGGCAAUCAGCCAACAUGUGAUUCGAAAGACUUAAAAGGUGAAGAAGAGCAGUUUGAGCAUUCUCAUCAUAAUGAGGAGGCGAUUGAAGAGGUAAUUCUUGGAAAAGAGUUUCCGGAUGUUAAUAGUGCAAAGAAGUAUUAUAUGAAUUAUGGUGGCAAAAAUGGCUUCAAUGUGAAGAUAAGAAAUAGUAGAAAAAACAGUGAGGAUUUUGUGACAUGGAAAAGUCAUAAUCAUGCUUUAGUUGCUACUCCUAUGAAGUAUAUGUCGAAGGUCAAUAGAAGUAUAUCAAAGGCACAAAAGGCACAUGCAGAUGAUGCUGAAUAUUCUGGGUUCUCCAUGAAAUCCACUGUGGAUUCGAUGAGUAGAGAAGUAGGUGGGCCAGAGAAUCUUGGAUUCACAAACAAGGAUUACAUGAAUUACAUACAUAGAAAGCGAAUGUCUAAAAUGGAAAAGGGAGAUGCAGGUGCUAUAUUGCAGUACUUUCAAAAGAUGCAAUCUGAGAAUUCGUCAUAUUUUUAUUCAAUUCAACUUGACGAGGAUAACAUGAUCACAAACAUAUUUUGGGCAGAUGCUCGAUCGAUAAGUGAUUAUGGUCAAUUUGGAGAUGUGGUUUGUUUUGAUAUGACGUACCGAACAAAUGAAUAUGGCCGACCCUUUGCACCGUUUGUUGGGGUUAAUCAUCAUAAGCAAACAACAUUGUUUGGCGCAGCUUUGUUAUAUGAUGAGACAAUUGAAUCUUUCAAGUGGUUAUUUGAGACUUUCCUCUCUGCUAUGUCUGGUAAGCAACCAUUGACCAUUCUUACUGAUCAGUCUGCUGCCAUGGCUAGAGCAAUACAAGAGGCUCUUCCACAAGCUACUCAUCGGUUAUGUGUUUGGUAUCUUUAUCAGAAUGCUGCUAAGAAUCUGAGUUAUGUAUUUCAUGGAUCCUCAGAAUUUGCUGCUGAUUUUGGUAAUUGUAUGUAUGACUAUGAGUUUGAGCAUGAAUGGCUAUUAGCAUGGAAUGCUAUGCUUGAGAAAUAUAGCCUCAAAGAAAACAAGUGGUUGAAUGCUUUAUUUGAAUUGCGAGAGAAGUGGGCAAUGGUGUAUGGGAGACAUACUUUCACCGCUGAUAUGAAAAGCACACAACGUAGUGAGUCCAUGAAUAAUGUGCUUAAGAAUUAUUUGAUGCCGGAGCAUAAUCUUUUGCGGUUUUUAGAACAUUAUGAAAGAGUUUCGGCUGAUCGAAGAUAUCAAGAGUUGACUGCUGAUUACAAGAUGAUACAUACAACUCCUGUCUUAGCAGUAAGUGCGCAUAUGCUGCAACAUGGAGCAGAGGUAUAUACCCCGGAGGUUUUCUCACUCUUUGAGAAAGAAUUUGUGAGAAUUCAUAAUUAUAGUACCUACAAGGUUGGUAAGUGUGGGAUGACAUCAGAAUAUAUAGUGUCAUAUAGUUCUGAACAUAAUGAGCACUUGGUCAAAUAUGAAGCUCCAGCACACAAUGUUGAGUGUAGUUGUAAAAAGUUUACUUUCAUUGGGAUUUUGUGUGCUCAUGCAUUAAAAGUGCUUGACAAGAAGAACGUGAAGAGAAUUCCACCGCAAUACAUUUUAAAGCGAUGGACAAGACAAGCAAAAGCAGUGAGUAUUAUUAGUUAUCGUGAAAAUGAGGUUCAUGGAAACCCGAAGGUGUCGACUGGCAAACGGUAUGGCUAUCUAUGCCGCACUUCUGGUGAUAUUUUAACAGUUGCAGCUGAUGAUGAAGAGUUAACAAAAUAUGCCCAUGAAUGUUUGGUUUAG